UCAGAAAUUGCCCGUUUAAAGAGUGUUCAAGAAAUUUACAGAAAGAGAAGUGAACAUACAAAGAAGAUUGAUCGUUUUUGGCAUAUAGUGUUAUCUCAACAUCCAGAGUUUUCUGAAUAUAUAAGAUCUUCAGACUUCAAGUACUUAGAGCUAAUAAAAGACAUAUAUGUCACAUGGGAUGUCUCCCAACCUGAAUCUGAAAGUUCUAAUCCCGGUGAUUUCUCAAUCACUUUUGAAUUCAAUGCUUUAGGUGAUGAUUUUCCAGCUCAAAUAAUAGUAAAAAAUGAUGAUGAAGACAAUGCAGAUGAUACUGAAAGACUAGUCUCUGAAAAUGCUGAUAUCGUUUGGCCAGAGUCUUAUGACAGUAUAAACCCAGUCAAAAUUCAAGAUAAAAAGACACCAGAAGGUAAAAAGAACUAUAGAACAGGAAUGAAAAGUUUCUUUGGUUGGUUUAAAUGGACUGGCCGCAAACCAGCAAAGGAAUUUCCAAAUGGUGAAGACUUUGCGAGACUGUUCUCUGAAGAUAUAUUCCCAUAUGCGGUCAAAUACUACACAGAAGCCCAAAGAGAUGGGUUAGAAGAAGAAGACGAUUCAGACGCAAGUGAGCCAUUGGAUCUAAGUGACAACGACGAUGACUCUAGGGGAACUAAAAGAAAACACGAAGAGGAUGAGGAAUGA